UUGGAUCUUGACCGCGCUGCAGCAACGGCCAAUCCGGUCUAUACAUCCAUCCAUCAGCGUGCAGGUUUGCUGACAGUUCUGGCUAUAAAGUAAAAAAAUUACGUUUUUAUGAGUCAUAACCAAUGCAUGUGAUACUAAAUAAUAUAAUUUUCCUCAAAAAUUGCGUUUUAAUAAGAGAACUCACGUCAACGCGAUGUGAAUUUGACAUUUUUUGGAGCUUUUCUCUGUGAGAGAACGUUUUUCUCUACGAUGCACCUCGAGUAACCGACUCAUUCCCGCUCUCGCCUGUUUUUUAUUUUCGUGUUUAAUAACGAUGGCCAACGAAAUUCGCUAUGACAAUCGGAAUAUUGUGGAGAAAUACCUCAAUCACAAACUUUUAAAGAAAGGAUAUGAGUGGAAAUUUCAAUCUUCCGGGGAGGAUGAUGACACCAUCAAUACAGGAGUGGAGGACUCCUCUCCAAACUCUGACAGGAGGCUCCAGGCUCCCUCAGCCGGAGGGGGGAACAACUCUGAAUGCCUGAUGGCAAACCGGGUCACACGUUCAGACCCUUAUUCGAGGAUCUACCGGGCGUUACGCGAGGCUGGUGACCAGAUAGAAAGGAUGUACCAGCGUGAAUUUGAGGAGAUGUCCCACCAGAUGACAUUCAGUCCCAAUGCAGCACAACGCAGCUUCUUAGCUGUGGCUGAAGAGCUCUUCAGAGACGGAGUGAACUGGGGGCGGAUCGUCGCUUUCUUUGAGUUUGGCGGGACCAUGUGUGUGGAGAGCUUGAACCGGGAGAUGGCGUCCCAGGUAGAUAAUAUUGCACACUGGAUGACAGACUACCUGAACGGGCCACUGGAAAACUGGAUAGAGGAAAAUGGAGGCUGGGAUGCCUUCGUGGAGUUGUACAGUCAGCAGAGAGACUCUAUGUUCCACCCAUUGUCGUACCUAACAAAAGUGCUUGGAUUGGCAGCACUAGGCUUGGCAGGAGUGACCAUCGGAGCCUUUUUCGCUCAGAAGUGACGGCUCUACGGGUUUCUUCACCAAACUAUCUCACUUUCUCUGCCUGUCUCUCCUCUUCAGCUUAUCAAAGCAUCUUUCAGCGUGCACUGCCCCGCUAAGCCCAGCACCAGUGCCCUUCAAAGGCCACUGCUGAUCCGACGCCCCUCCAGCCACGGGAGCUGUGGCACUCACGCUCUUUCACCCUCUCUGGAGUGAAGAAAUUGCAAAGAAAAAGAAUACAGAAUGAGGACUCACAGGAACGCUCUCACACUUUGACUAUGAUGCUCGUCAUGCCAUGUACAGUUGCACUCGCACGGAGAUUGACACACAAAACACGUGCACACACAAACACUUGCUCACAUACUUCAUACGUAUGCAAAAAUACAAAAAAAAAGAACGUUUUAUCUUUGAAGUUUGUUUCUUUUGUACGAAACUAGUACAAAGAUAUUUUUAAACUUAAGACUGUGCUUUUUGACAUUUUGAUAUCAGGUUUUUUGGCAUUUUGUAGCAUGAACAAAAAAACAAAAACAAAAAAAAAAAAGAGAGGAAGAUAAAAAAAAAAAGUUUGCCGGCGUGAAUGUUAAUAACUUCUCCACUAUCUGCAUGUGUGGAGAAAGAGACUCUUUAAGCUACUUUUUUUAUUGCAUGAUGGCAUUUUGAACUUGACCACCCACCCUUACUGUUUUGAUUCAGGAUGUUUUUUUUCUGUCUUUCACUCCAUUGGAUGGACCUCUUGAGAUCUCCCGUCAAACCAACAGAUGUUGAGCAUUCCUCAUUAAAAAGUUCCUCUUUGAUUUGCUAUGUGUCUUACUGUUUGGUGAGCAACCAAACCAAAGCAGCUAUCAUGAUGUAAUCGGGUCAUGGAGUUGUUUGACCCAAAUCGCCCCUCUUGAAUGUAAAGACAUUUGGAAAUUUGGCUUCUGAAAGGUUUCCCAUUGUAUAUUGUAAUUCAUUUGCUUUUUUUUUUUUCUUUGUAUAUAUUUUUUCUAUUAUUUGUGCAAAAUUAGUUAAAAGAGCAUUUUUGAGGGUAUUGUGUAUGUAUAAUGUCCGUGUACAUGUAGUGUGAGUGUGUGUACAUCUGUAAAUAGAUUGUGUUGAGAGAGCUGAACUUUGCUGUGUUCUGGUGGAGAACACGGGCAGCCCGCCACUUCUGUCCAGCCCAGCCAGGUGUGUGUGUGCGUCUGCAGAUGAAACAGGCAGGUGGCAGCUGGGAACAGAAGUUUAUUCUGGCUGGAAUGAUAGGCAUGCAGGCCAGCAGGGCUUUGAAAAGACUUUGUACACAACGGACUAUGUAAUACACGGCCCAUGUGUAUCACUUUUCCCUCCUCGCCGCUCCCAAUGUUAUCUUUCUGGCAUGGUAAAUUACAGAUGCCUUGUGAGCUAUAGAUUUUUGGAUGCCCCCACAACCAAAGAAAUCCAAUCUGUCUGCUGUAACUUCCCCCCAGAGAAAGUCUCAUCUAGUGCUAUCUCUCAACUUCCGUGUUAUGUUCCUCUGGGAGAGUAGAUUUCUCAUUCACAGGAAGAUACUGAGACACCAGCUUGUCCUAAUGUCUUUUUUCUCCCUCGGAUGUUCAUUAAAGUCGCUGAUAUAGAUUUAGCACUCUGCAUCUCCAUGUCAGGGCAAAAGCCCACUGAGACCAAACAAAGAUUAUGACCAACAAUGUUCUGCGUUUAGUAAAAUUUGUUUCAAUAGAUUGUUAAUAUAUGAGCCAUAUGCAGGAAUCUUGAUAAAAAAAGAAUAAUUUAUAGAGAGUGCAAGGUUGUGCAAAAGGUGACAUUGGAAUUAAGUUCGUGAGUGUGAAUUGGAUUUGAAUUUUCUAAAUUGUCCCAGCAAGCAUUCCUUUUUCUUAUUAAAAGAUAUACUCAUAAGAA